GUGUGUGUGUGUGAGUGUUGACCAGUUUCCAAAAGCAGCCGCGGCAAAGCGAAGGCACACCUCAAACCAAACCAGUCACCGUGGCAUGCGCUCAUUUUGAGAUUUGAACACUUAGGCACCGUGCAAGUGACACAAACCCGAAGAAAAAGAAGCGCUGUGGUGGUUAGACUUUCAGAUUCGUGUGACACUGGUCUGUCGCUGUCACCAGGGAGGAGUGUCAUGGCUGAGCCAGACUAUCUGGAGGGAAACUGUGAUGAGCUUAUCAAACCUAAGAAGUUGAUCAACCCGGUCAAGAACUCUCGGAACCACCAGGACCUGCAUCGGGAGCUUCUCAUGAACCAGAAGAGGGGGCUGGCUCCUCAGAACAAACCCGAACUACAGAAGGUUCUGGAGAAAAGGAAGAGGGAGCAAGUCCUUAAGGCUCAGAAGGAGGAGCAAGAGGCGCAUAAGAAGAGGAGCGACUUAGAGAUAGAGCUCAUGAAAAGACAACAGAAACUGGAGCAGCUGGAGCUGGAGCAACAGAAAAAUGAGGAGGAACAAGAGAACACUCCUGAGUUUGUGAAAAUGAAGAGCAAUCUUCGCAGGACCAAGCAGGAGACGGACGGCGAGGAAAGAACCACCUAAAAUUCAGCAAGCGGUCACUGGCACUGACACGUCAGGAGUGUGUGUGUACAAGCGAGUGUGUACGUGUGUUGUGAGUGUGGUGACCUGAUCGUGGUCCAAGAUGAACUGCCUGCCUUUUCCCCAACCUAGCUGUUCCUUCUCAGUGAGGCAAGAGACUUGCAGACUAAAGACCCACUGUGUCUGCCCACCACGGAGCACCAUCACUAGUCGCAGCAGCACACGGCACCCCCCUGCUGGAGAGACUCACAUGUUACAUCCCUUUUCAGGCCUUCUGAUGAUCUCUAAUGGAGAACCACACACGUGCGCAAACACAUACAGAAGUUCUUUUUCCGUCUGUUUCACUCCUUUCUCCACACCAAGCUUUCAUUUCUCUGUACUGUUAUAGUGUCAGUAUCGUUAUUGUUUUGGGUUUGUUUCACCUACAGAAUCAUAGAAGGAAAAGUGGACACUGGAUGGACUCUCAAAAGCUGUGUAAUUUGUAAAAAGCCAAAUAAAAUGUGCUUUUUGUUAUUUAUGUGUUUAGCUUUUAGCCCAUUUAUAGAGGGGUUGCAAAGGGGACACUUUUAGUUGUAUUUUAGUUUGUUUUAUGGCAUAGAUUAUGAAGCCAGAACAGGACAAAGGGAGUGUAUGCGUUUUGUUUUAUUUGUUUUUUUAAUUUCUAAACAUGCCACUUUCUCAGCUAAUGCAAUUUGGAGCAAUAUAACUCCCCAGGCAUGAGAAUGAUUUUUUUUCUUUAUAUAUCCUGUUGUUUUGUAUUAAUGAAAGUGUUAAAUAAAGUUGUUUUUUUGUUGGUUUUCAGUAAAUGAA